UUGUAUUUUUUGUUAUAAAUACUACUUCUACUUUUGACUGUUACAUAUAGAAUGUUGUAUCAAUUUCAAACAAAUUCGACAUGCAAAGCGCGCUCUUAAGCCGGCUAAAAAUGAUCGCCAUGCUCAUUUAAACGCGAUUUUCCAGCGAUUUUCACCUGCUCGAAACUCCAGAGCUUUUCCUUUUCACCACAUCAAAGGAGCGAUGUUAGAAGAGAGAAAAAUCGAGAGAGAGGAAAAGAGAUGAAAGGCCGAGGAAGAGAUUUUCCGAUGCAAAUGCCGCUCGGCUUUCCCUUCGGCACUGGUAUUAGUGUAUUAGUGCUCACACACACGCCGGAUGCUGACUGUUUGCAAAAAGAAAAUGGAGCAGAAGGCACAACAACACAAUGUUGCCCGCCAUCUCUCCGGUGCUCCGCCGUGUGUGUGCGUGUGUAUCUGUGUGAGUGUUGCGGGUGCGUGAGUGUGCGUGCUCGGCGCUGCUCGGCAAAACGAACGCUCGUCUGCAGCACUUAUCUUCAUGGGAUAAAUCUCGCUGCUGGCCGCCGCAGUCUGUUUUCUAUACGGGCGUAAAGCGGUCGUCGAGCACGGUUGAAAGCAAAACAAAGCAAGAAAAAUACCAAACAGCCAAAUAAAAAAAAAAAACAUCCAAAAAUACCGAAGAAUUUCCAAACCAAAAAUCAACAAAAACAUUAAUUUAAAUUAAAAAAAAAUUAACCAUAAAAAUUUGGAGAAAAAUAAAACCAAACAUCUAACAAGCGGCAAAUGCACAUAAAUAGCUAAAGGAGCUAAAAGCAUAAAGCCAAGGAUACGUCGCAAACCCUUAGACAAAACAAAAAAACCAAAAAAAAAGAGGAGAAAAAACUGAUACAAAAGAGAAGCCAAAUGAGGGAAAAUGAAGUGCCAAAGUGUUGAGAAUAAAGCGAAAGCCAAGAGACGAAAUUGAAAGCGAGUAGAAAAAGGUUUCGGUUUCUCCGGUGAAGCGCGUUCACUUCCGUUUCGUUGAGUUUCGCUGCGUUUCGCUGCGUUCCGUUCCGUUCCGUUCGGUUACGUUCCGUUUCGCCUCGUUCCGUUUCGUUUCGUUCCGCUAACCGAUUGCAACCCUGCCGCUACCGUUCCGUUUCGCUCGGCAGACAUUUAAAUGGCUACCAGCUGCUGCUUAUGAUGGAGACAUUCCUCGUCCUGGGCCUGUGUUUCAUCCUGUACGAGGCAUUGGAUUUCUUUCAGGGCUGCAUCCACAGUAAUACCCCAUCGCCCAGCGAUCAAAUCGAGGCCUAUCGCCGCGAACUCGACGAACAGCGCCAGCAGCAGCAGCAGGAGCAAUUCCUUGCCGGAUUGACGCCAUUGCUGGGCGCUCAGUUUGCCGCUGCCGCCGCCGCCGCGGCCGCUGCCGCCGGCUCGCAGUCGACGUUGGGCAGCACGACCACGCCCACCGCCUCCACGGCCAGUGUCAUCAGUGAUUCGUACGAUCAGGAAUCGCAAUCGCAAUCGCAAUCGCAAUCGCAAUCGCAGUCCCAAUCGCAAUCCCAAUCGCAGUCGAAUCAAAAUCAACAGCAUUCAUUGAGCACACCCGGCCUCUUUCGUCCCGCCGCCUUGGGCUAUUACGAUCCGGAGGAUCCAUUGCAUGCCACAAACUCCCUGCCCCGCGACUUCUACUAUCUGCAGCAGCAGCAGCUAAAGAAUAAGGUCAGCUCCAGAUCGCUGCUCUCCAAGUUCUCGUCCACCAACUCGGAUAAUCGCAUACAUCCCGAGGCGGGGGCCAAUUCGGGACAUCAUCACAGUGUCCUGGGCGCAGCGGCGGUUAUAACCAGUCAACCCUUGCCCUCGGGCGGUGAGAUACCAGCCAGUCUCUUCGAUCAGCCAGGACAACCGGCUGUGGUGGUGCCGCCACUGCAACUGCAGCCCUCAUCGCCGCUCUUUGUGGAGCUCAAGAGGGCCAUCAUAAGUCAGAAUCCCAACCAGCAACAAUAUAGAACUCCAGCAAAGCAGGAGGUCGAAGUCGAAUCGCAGUGUCCGCAGUGCGAGGAAGAGCAGAUACAAUAUCUGGCCGAGAAUCUAGACGAUCUUGUGGAGUCCGAGGAGCAGCAGUACUCUCCGGGUGAGGAGGAAGAAGGGGACGACGACGAGGAGGAGGAGGAGGUCGACGACGACGACGACGAGGAUCGGGAGGAGCCGCAUUCGUACGUGGGAGGAGCCACCAGUGAGCCGGAUAUCUGCACUGCCACGCGACAGCAGCAGUUGACCCGGAUCCACCACAUCGCCAUCGACGACAUUGCCACGGGACAGGAGCUGCACCAUCACCUCAGCAUUUCGGGACAAACGACGUUGGGCGCCAAUUCGCACGCCGACUUCAGGGAAAUCGAGUGCGAGCGACUGCGACGCAAGUGCGUUAGCGUUAAGCGCAUCUAUAGCAUAUCGGAAAAGUUCUAAUUCAGAUCAGAUCACCACUCAAA